AUGCCUUCUUCAUCUUCUACGUCUACUAUCGUACCUAAGACGGAAAAGAUUAAAGUCACAAUAAAGAAUGAAACCAGUGCAUUUACAUUGGAUACAUAUCCUUUUGAAUCUGUAGCAGGAGUGAAAGCAGCCUAUCAAGAAAAUGGUGGGAAUGCAAAUCAUCCGAAUUUUAUUUUACUUCUACAUAAAGGCAAAGAAUUACCGGAUGAAAAGACAUUAGCAGAGCUUGGAAUUACAGAUGGAGAUGUACUUGUGCAUAUUGAAGCAGCUCAUCAGCCUUUUCAUCCUUUGAAUUACAAACUCUUGGCGGAAAAUAUUAAAACUCGCAGGAAACACGAAGAUGCCAAUAUGCAAAUGUUGAAAGAAGAUAAUAUCUGGGCUGCAGGCUCGGAUGGUACGGUCCAUCGUCUUGGGAUGGAAAAAAGUAUUAUCUCACGCUCGUUGAAGGACAGUCUACCACCACAUUUUGGCAAGAAAAACUUGGGCUCAGGUCGAGCAUUUUUUAACCAGCUAUCUGUACGUGUAAAUGGAUGCAAUUAUCAUGUAUUGCCAAGCAUGGAAGGCCGAUGGAAUGGAGAACUUGCAACAAUUCCACCACAGGAUGAGGGUAGUCAAGUGUGCUCAAAUGACCUCAUCUUUCGCGAUGAUGAAGGUGUAUGGAGUCAGCGUCAAUCGAGAACGACCAUGAGUGGACUUACGUCCAUGCAGCACAUGUGGAUCAAACCCGUAUCGGAUGGUAUUCUCAAGGUCGAAACGGAUGAUCCGACACUACGUGGCUCUGAUAUUACCAUGCAGGAGCUAGGAACCAAUGUUCUUAUCAUCACGGCUACCUCGAAGCGUUCAGGAUGUCCGCUCAUGGUGGAGACAAUCACAGGCAUUGACAACUCACGACGUCUGCGCACUAUCCAGCGUUUUGACGAAUCGGGCGCGUUCCGCUCGGUCUACGUUAUGAACGAAGUAAGAGUCGUCGAUGCUGUGUCAGGUGCCAUGGAGAAGUACGACAACGUCUUCUAA